AUGGUUGAGCAAAUUGACAAGUUUGCCUACUGCAACUCCAUGUUUUUUGGCCACGAGAUUGGGGAGAAGCUUGCAAAUGAACUCAUUCACGGCACAGGGGGUGCCAUGUCGAAAGUGUACAUAAUGUGCUCGGGCUCUGAGGCUAUGGAAUCCGCAAUGAAGAUGGCACGACAAUACUUCAUGGAGUUGACUCCUCAACAGCCAAAGCGGAUUAAUUUCAUUGCCAGAGAAGGAUCAUACCAUGGCACGACGCUUGGCUCGCUGUCAAUGAGCGGGCAUGUUGCGCGGCGGAGUCUCUUCCUCGAUAUGCUGCUCCCGAACAUAUACAGAGUUUCGGCUUGCAAUCCGUACCGCGGUAUGAGCGAGGGCCAAACCGAGGAGGAAUACAUCGCUCAGCUAGCCGAUGAGCUGGAUCGAAAAUUCCAAGAGCUUGGCCCCGAUUCUGUUUGCGCAUUUGUCGCAGAGCCUGUUGUUGGAGCGACUCUGGGUUGUAUUCCGGCUCUGCCUGGGUAUUUCAAGGCCAUGAGAAAGGUUUGCGACAAGUAUGGCGCUCUCCUUAUCUUGGAUGAGGUCAUGUCCGGCAUGGGCCGCUGCGGCUCUCUGCAUGCGUGGCAACAAGAAGGAGUUAUCCCUGACAUUCAGACGCUUGCUAAAGGUCUCGGCGGCGGCUAUGCGCCCAUGGCUGGUAUGCUUAUCAAUCACUGUGUGGCUGAUGCUCUCAAGAAAGGAAGCGGGGCCAUCCCGUUGGAUGCGCUGCCGCACUAG